CACACACACACUAGUGGUACCCCAUUGAAGCAACACACACUCUCUCCUCUCCUAUAUGCAUCUCCAUCGUCAUUUCAUUUUAUAAUAUUGACGCCGUUUGAAUCCCUCUAUCCCAUAUUCCAUUCCACCUUAAUUAAUCACACUUUUCCCCCUUUCUCUCUCUCUCUCUCUAGGGUUUCGAUUUGUAAAAGUGAAUAAUGACGACUCCUGGCAGCAGCAGCAUGAGGAACAACAUGUUACCUCCAGGUCUGGUUUCGAAUCUACAAGAUGUUCUCAACAAGAAGAAGCCCAACAUUCCCCCAAUACAACAUGACGAUGAUAACAACAACAAAUCAAAUAACACAAAAGUAGAAGAAGAUGAAUCUACUGUUCAAUCUUCAUCUUCUUCAUCUGCUACUGACGACUUUGAUCCUUCAAAGCCUGUGAUUUUUGUUACGAACAGUGAGGGGAUCGCUUCCCCUGGUCUCACCUCUCUUGUUGAAGCUCUUGUCACUGAAGGUCUUUAUAAUGUCGCUGUCUGCGCCCCUCAACUGGAUAAAUCGUUCUCUGGCCACUCGUUUACACACCAAGAAUCGAUUUCUGUAAGCACUGCUGAAAUCAAAGGUGCAACUGCCUAUGAGGUUACUGGUACUCCUGUGGAUUGUGUUUCGUUAGCGUUAUCUGGGUCAUUGUUUGCAUGGUCAAAGCCUCUUAUGGUGAUUGUUGGAGUUAACAAAGGUCCAAGCUGUGGCCAUGAUAUGUUUUCCUCGAGUGCUGUGGCUGGAGCUAGACAAGCCUUGAUUAGUGGUGUACCAUCUUUAUCGGUCUCUUUAAACUGGAAAAAAAGUGAAAGUCAAGAGAGUCAUUUUAAGGAUGCAGUCUCAGUUUGUUUACCACUAAUAAAAGCAGCCAUAAGAGACGUAGAGAAAGGGGCUUUUCCUAAAAGUUCUUCAUUACAUAUAACCGUCCCUACACUCCCUACAGAAAACAAGGGAUUUAAGUUAACGAAACAGAGUUUAUGGAGGUCCAAACCCAUUUGGCAAGCAAUUGCAGCCAACAGGAACCCCUCAGCAGCCCGUUUUAUGGCCAAUCAACCAGCCAUGGGUUUGCAACUUGCACAGCUAGGUCGAGAUGCAUCAGCAGCAGGCGCAGCAAGGCGGUUAAACUCACAGAAGAAAAGCUUGGAAAUUGUUGAAUCAGUUGGGGUUUCCGGGAAAGUUGACCUCACCAGGACAGUGAAAUACUUCAGGCUCGAGUUUCAAGACAGCAACCAGGAAGAGACAGAUGAAAAUCUCGAUUUCCGAGCCCUUGAGAACGGAUUUGUGUCUGUUACUCCAAUAUCUGUUUCUCAACUGAUUGAACCAGACAUCGAAAAAGCCGCAUCUGAAUGGAUUUCCGAUGCAAUUUAAACGAAUGUCUGAAGUCCAGUAAUCAUGUAUGUAUAUUUGGAGAUGCAGAUUGGUAAUUUCAGCUUUUAGCAUUUGACAUCAUUUUGAGUUUGUGUUGAGGUAAAUUUUUAUUUAAACUUUGAUUUAAUUUAUAUCGAGUGAGAAAACCCUUCCCCACAAGUUUGUGUGGCAUGUUGUGAAAUUCUGAUUAUUUAUUGAUGACAAACUUGUCACCAAUUUGUAUUUUUUUUUUUUUUUUUUGAAACUGUAAUUUUGUAGUUGUUUGUUGUUUAAAUGGAUAUAUAUACAUGUGCUACAUUUGAAGGUUA